AUGGAGAGGGCACCCUUGGAGAGGGCACCCUUGGAGAGGGCACCCUUGGAGAUCCGAGCGGUCGUGGAGGCCUAUGUCUCAAGAGUCGCCCCCAGUGCGUCGGCUUUCGGUUUUUUGACGCUGGUGCCGUUGAGGUUCCAGGAUAAGCCGGCCAAUGUGCUGGCCCCCGAGGCAGGCCAUGAAGAUAUGAGCGUGGGCAGGAUCUUUCGGAUGGUGGAGCAGCACGAGGUCGUUGUGAUCCCGUCCGUCUACAAGACGAAGAAGGAGCGGAGGGGUUUGACGCGUGUCUUGGGCCAUCUGAGGGCCGCGCAUCCUGACGCGGUCGUUUUUUUGGUGCAGUUGCCGGAUCGGUUCGGUACCGAGCUAACCAAGGGUUACUUACGUACAUUGAUGGCGCGCCAGGAUGCGCUCUACGACUUUGGGACGAGCGGCGUGCUAAUGGAGCUGGAGGGCGACCCAGAGGGCUUACAGCACAAGGUACGUCAGGAGCUCCUGGAAAACGCCGCGAUCCAGCUGCGCGUGCAACACUUCGAGAACACCUUGAGAACGGAAGUACUCGAAUGCCAGACCGUCGAGGACGAACAUCUCAGUCUUCUGUGGGAUGCCGUCCCGAAGUUGCUAAUGCCCGGUUUUCCCGCUCUAGACAGGGGCUUGCUGGAACAGGAGGACCAGGUCGGGGAGUUCCGGCUGGUGCAACAGUAUGUCAAUCAUCAGCACGUCUUGUUGGCGGUCAGCGGGCAGCACGAUUUUGUCGUUGUCAAGAUGCGCAACAAGCGCAGCGUCACGGCUGCCGAGGAGGUGGAGAGCAUCUACCAGGAGUUCUGCCUCCUGAAACACACCCUCGACCACCCCCACAUCAUCCGCUGCGUGACCAUGCUGCACAGCCAGUCCCACGUAUACCUGGUGCUCUAA